AUGAUGAGCAAUCACGAUGUAAAUCAACGUCUUUUUUCUUCACAAUCACAAAGCACCAGUCCGUAUCUUAGUAAUUGCUUAUCUACAUCAUCUUAUGGAGCAAAUAAUGAUCAAAGUAAACAAACAGAUGAGUCAUCAAGACAGCGGCAACAUAGUACCUAUCAAGAUAAUAAUCCAGAAAAAAUGGAUCAAGACAAUUCUAGCGUCGAGCUACAACAUUUUAAAAAGAAAUCCAAAACAGUACAUAGUCAGGCGGAAGCUACAAUGUCAGGAUCCAGUUCGACUCUCGGUCCUACAUUGGCUACAGGUAUUGACAAUGGUCCUUCACAGCAAGCUCGGCGUUAUGCGGAAACGAGAUUUCCAUUUCCACCAUUUAUUGUUAAGUUUACACAAGAUGUUAAAGAGCAAGAUAUAUUAAAUGAAUUAGAUGAUCAUUUUUACAAAAGUUCAUAA